AUGGGUGGUAACAAUCUAGGAGGUAAAAUUCCUACAGAGCUGGGUUCUUUGUCCAAUCUCUCCAACUUGAUUCUUGCAGCCAAUCAUCUCACUGGAGCAAUCCCACUUUCAAUUAGGAACCUUCCCAAUCUAUGUGUGCUUUCUCUAGUGUUCAAUAAUCUAGAGGGAAGCAUUCCCACCCAACUUGGGCAGCUUUCGAAGUUAGAGUAUCUUCAGCUAUCAAGAAACAAUUUGUCCGGUAUGGUUCUUACUUCUCUUUACAAUAUCUCAUCAAUCUAUUUCUUCUCUGUCAAUGUCAACCAAUUGCACGGAAUUCUACCACCAGAUUUAGGCUUGACACUUCCAAAUUUAUUAGGAUUUUAUGUUGACUCCAAUCAAUUCUAUGGCCAAAUUCUAUCGUCAAUAGCCAAUGCUACGAGACUUGUGCAAAUUGAUUUUGGCAUCAAUUUUUUUACUGGGUUCAUGCCUAAAAGUCUGGGAACACUUGAUGCUUUAGAACUUUUAGCUGCUUCUGACAAUUUAGUUGGAACAAACUAUUUGGCUAUGAAUCAUUUUAAAGGUUUGUUGCCCCAUUCUAUUGCAAAUCUCUCCACCAAGAUCACUUGGUUUACUCUAGAAGACAACUAUAUAUCUGGAAACAUACCUCUUGGUAUUGGGAACCUUGUAAAUUUGCAAUACCUCUUUCUAGAUCAAAAUUUGCUUACAGGUAGUAUACCAAAUUCCAUUGGAAAACUCUCCAUGUUGGAAAAGCUCUUGCUUCACAACAAUAACAUUUCUGGAGAGAUUCCAUCGACUAUUAGAAACCUAAGUAGGCUUGGUGCACUUGACCUAUCAACAAAUAUGGUUGAAGGAAGCAUUCCUAUUUCUUUAGGCAAUUGUACCAAUCUACAACAAAUUUAUCUUGAUUACAAUCAUCUCACAGGAACAAUACCUUAUCAAAUCUUUGGUACAAUUCCGAUGACCUUCAGACAAUUGAAAGGUAUUCAAGAACUAGAUGUUUCUAGGAACAACUUGUCUGGACAGAUUCCAAGGUUUCUCGAGGAGUUUCGGUUCUUUCAAUAUCUCAAUCUUUUCUACAAUAGGUUUGAUGGUGAAGUUCCAAAUGGAGGAGUUUUCACAAACAUUAGUGCCUUUUCAGUUGUUGGAAAUACAACAAAUGGGUUCUCUCCAUCCAACUUAAUUGGUGAGGGAGGAUAUGGUUUUGUUUAUAAAGGGAUUCUCAACUCCAAUGAACAAAUUGUUGCUGUGAAGGUGCUCAAACUACACGAACAUGGAGCAAACAAGAGUUUUGUUACAGAAUGUGAAGCGUUGAAGAACAUUCGUCAUCAAAAUCUUGUCAAGAUAAUUACAACUUGCUCAAGCAUUGAUUUUAAAGGCAACGACUUCAAGGAUUUGGUCUUCGAGUUCAUGGAAAAUGGGAGCUUAGAAAAUUGGUUACAGCCAAGUCUUUUAGAGCAACAUGAACCUAAGAACUUGAACUUUGUUCAAAGGCUAAACAUUGCCAUUGAUGUGGCAUGUGCAUUGGAUUAUCUUCACCAUCAUUCCUUAGAAUGGAUCAUUGAUGAAAAAUGUGAGAAAUACAAGGCUGGUGAGAAAAAUGCUAUCGACGGGCGCAUCUUCAUUCCUCAUCGCCAUGAACAACAAGAAUACAUGCCUGGGCCCAUUUUGAAGGAGAUUCUCACUGAGCUUCCAGCUUUGUAUUCGCGUCUAGAGGAUCAUUCCCUCCUUUAUGAAGGCGGUCUUGAUUGGGGAAGCUGA